AUGGCGGCGCCCGCACAGACCGCUGCGGCUGCUGUCACUAAAGUUGUGAUUAAAACUGAACCGAGUGAUGAAGAGGAGCACGGACGUGAGGAGAAGGACGAGGCACAGCUGCAGGAGCCCGUGGUGCCGCUGCUGGCCCCGGUGUGCGGGCUCCAGCCGCUGCACUGGUCCCAGGACCACAGGCUGUGUGUGGGCACCAACACCGGGCUGAGUGUGAUGGAGCUCCGCGGAGAACCCCCGAGCCCCGCUGGCCGAAGCGAAGACCCCCUGAGCUCCAGCCCACAACUCAACAUUCACCGCAGCUCUCUGCCUGCCACUAACGACCACCACAUCCAGGUUGGACCUCCGAAGACUCUGGAACAAGCAUACCAGAAGUUCUCCAUGUUUCAGGACCCUGUGACCCAACAGGCAUUUCUCGCCAACACCGCCAUGAACCCGAAACUACAGCGACUGAAAGGAGUCAAGUACGUGAGCUGGUCUCCGCUGGGCUGCGACUCUCAUGGGAACUGUCUCCUCGCCUGCAUCACUCUGGACCACAAACUCGUCGUGUACCAAAGCCACAGGCAUCUGGAAUGGGACACGAAAGUCGACCUCAGCCAAAAGUACGGGGCAAGGCUAAAACAACGUGGCUACGCUAAAAAGGACAAUGUACCGCCGCAAGUUGGCAUACUCAACUUUGAAGAACUGCGUAGGCGCUUUGAAAUGCAAACGCCGGUGGGGAUGGAGUGGUCUAGCGUCUAUACCACCAAACAAGUACUCCCCAACAACAUAUGUGAGGAAUCUAAAGUCGUCAUGCUAGCGGUUUUGAUGGAAAACGGCGACUUGGUCUUGUGGAAGUUUGCGCUACCGUUUUGCGGCGAAGAUGACGUGGGGUUUUACGACAUCAUCGAGUCCGAGGUGGAUCGUCCGAGCGCCCUGGCAUGGUGGGAGUACGAAAGUGAAAACCGGAGAAUGAGCGGGUUGAUCUUGGGCAGCCAAGCGGGGCCGGUGAAGAUCAUGCCCGUUAGCUUGACGGGAAUCAAGGGCUACUUCACGUUGCGGCAUCCCAUCGUCCUGUGGAAAGAUGCGGACCAGAUCAUGGUGAAAAACAUCAACUGCGUGCCCGUGACGCACCCCACUCACAACACCAACUCUAGCCUCAUCAUUGCGUCGCGUGGAUGCUACAUUUUCUGGUGUUUGCUAACAGUUUCGAACGCCGGCUUGAAAAUCAACAACUCUCACGUCGCAGGACUAUUCUCUCUUCCUGUUGUUUCGUUAACAGUCUGUCAACAACCCGUCGCUGUGUACACCUGCUCCUCGGACGGAUGGGUCAAGCGAUUAACGCCGACUUUUACAGAGAAAGGAUUAUUUUUCAAGCAAGAAGAUUUGAAGCGUCCGCAGAGUUUGACCGCAAGGCGUAUACACGGGUUAGCGGUUAGCCACAACGGAGCUUACGUGGCCAUUGCUAGCACGCAAGGAAUGGACAACAAUGGCUUUUGCCCAUUCGAGAGGACGUACCACGUGCACUUCUUGGCGCUGAAAUCGGCAAAAAGCGCAGGCAAAAUAUUACUCUGCCCCCCCGUGCAGAGUUUGCACAAUAUGGCAGACCUUCUCUCAAUUGUCCGCUGCGAAAUACUGCGGAGUAAGCGUAUCCCCACGGAUUUGCAGCAGGAGCUGGACAGACGGAUCCAGGAGGAAGAUCUGACGUACUUGUGGAAGCUGAAGCUGUUUUUGGCGCGGACUUUAUACCUGGCGCUGCAGGGGCCGAGCGACGCACCAAAAUGGAAGCCGCGGCAAGAGAUGUCGACGACGCUGAUCCCGGAUGGAGACGAGAUGGAGACUGAAGGAGAGAGGCACAGAGGCAUCAAUACACACAUUUUACUCGAGAAGGCAGAGGACCCAGAGGAGCAGAUGUCAGAGGUGGCGGCUUUGAUCGAUUCGUUGGAGACCCGUCUGAUGAAAGAGAACGUCAAGCGGCUCCUGGGGGCCGUCUACCUCAACUCUCAAAUCAUCCAGAAGUCUGGGGUCCCCACCUGUGGCCUGGUGCAGUACAUGAGCUCGCAGAGCCACGACCGAGACGCAGAGGUCCUGAUCGGUCACCUGAAGAAUAAGCUGUGUAAGCAGUCGUACCAGGAGCUCUGCAGCUUGUGUGAGGAGGUGCUGCCCUUUGACGACUGCAGACGAGCGACCUGCGCCAACGGACACGUGUGGCCCAGGUACUGCCCGGCCUCCUCACAACCUCCUCACAACCUCCUCACAACCUCCUCACAACCUCCUCACAACCUCCUCACAACCUCCUCACAACCUCCUCACACCCUCCUCACAACCUCCUCACAACCUCCUCACACCCUCCUCACAACCUCCUCACACCCUCCUCACAACCUCCUCACAACCUCCUCACACCCUCCUCACAACCUCCUCAAAACCUCCUCACAACCUCCUCACAACCUCCUCACACCCUCCUCACAACCUCCUCAAAACCUCCUCACAACCUCCUCACAACCUCCUCACACCCUCCUCACAACCUCCUCACAACCUCCUCACAACCUCCUCACAACCUCCUCACAACCUCCUCACAACCUCCUCACAUCCUCCUCACAUCCUCCUCACAACCUCCUCACAUCCUCCUCAAAACCUCCUCACAACCUCCUCACAACCUCCUCACAACCUCCUCACAACCUCCUCACAACCUCCUCACAUCCUCCUCACAACCUCCUCAAAACCUCCUCACACCCUCCUCACACCCUCCUCACAACCUCCUCACAACCUCCUCACAACCUCCUCACAACCUCCUCACAACCUCCUCACAUCCUCCUCACAACCUCCUCAAAACCUCCUCACAACCUCCUCACAACCUCCUCACAACCUCCUCACAACCUCCUCACAUCCUCCUCACAACCUCCUCAAAACCUCCUCACACCCUCCUCACACCCUCCUCACAACCUCCUCACAACCUCCUCACAACCUCCUCACAACCUCCUCACAACCUCCUCACAUCCUCCUCACAACCUCCUCACAACCUCCUCACAACCUCCUCACAACCUCCUCACAACCUCCUCACAACCUCCUCACAACCUCCUCACAACCUCCUCACAUCCUCCUCACAACCUCCUCACAACCUCCUCACAACCUCCUCACAACCUCCUCACAACCUCCUCACAACCUCCUCGCAACCUCCCCAAAACCUACAGCCCCCCCACCUCUCCUCCCUUCGCCGCCUCCUCUUCCUCCCCCUCCUCACCUCCUCCUCCUCUCUGCGCUCUGCUCUCCAGGUGUGGGCUGUCAUACCAGGCCUGCCAGGCUCUGACGUUCAGACGCUGCCUCCUGCUGGAUACCGUCUCCGUGCUGCCAAAGCCCGAGGACCCGCCGUGGAUUCAGAAGAUGCUCCAGGCGCCGUGUACUCUGUGCGACUCUCCCCUGCUCUGA